AUGAAUACAAUAAGGAAAUUGUUGCCAAAAGAUGAUUUUUUGUCAUUAGCCAUUGUUGAGCCUAGGUCAACAGCAAUCGUGCCUGGUAUUAAGGAAAAGGAAGACUUCUUUUUGCUCACACCUAGGAAAACCAUUGCCGAGGUUUUGGAAACCAAACAGGGGUCCCUACAGAUUCAUACCGGGUCAUCUCAACAGACCGAGUCUACAAAUAUGAUACCAGCCAAGCGAGCUAGAACUCCAAUCAUUAACUUGGAGGAUGCUUUUGAUCAGACUUCCGUUACAAGGCAAGCAACAACUAUCAGAGUCAAGAAGGAGAAGAAUGCAAAAAGUGUCUGA